UGAGCGACAUUUGUUUUUGUCCAUCGACAAACCCCAGUGAGGCAUCGAUUUGUCUUAUUUGAACCUUACUCUUACUAGAUGUCUUCUACGAGUCUCUAAUAAUGUGGUACCUUAAUUCUUAAAUAAUUUGUUAAUGUGCUUGAUGUACAACAAGAGUGGAGUAGAACGACAACGCCGUGGAAAAUGGGUGUUGCACUCAGCCAGCCGUUUGAUGGAAUAACAGCAGACCCACGAAGCGGAAAUUUGAGUCGUGCUUGGUAUGCGGCAGCUGAGGCCGUGCUAGACAACUCAAGUUCUUGAGAGAUAUUAUUCAAGCACCGUAUUCGGUAUACAAGUUUUCUACUCAUUACGGAAAGCUAUAAGUGCCUGGUUCAGAGCGCCAGUAACUAAACUGUCAUGUCAGCUAGCCAGCCAGCCCGCAGAGUUUGACUGGCAUAUUUAAAAUUCUGCAGAAGCAGCAGAUGCUCGUGAAGUCAAACCGUGUGAAGCAGUAUUUGUUAUGCUGUACGCGGCCUACUUGUUUACAGGCACCAAACGUUUGCUGAAUACGAGAUUGAAAUUGUUUGAGAAACUGGCAUCUCAGAACAGGCUUUUUAUAUGUUGAAGCAGGCUGUCUGCUGACCCCAAACAGCAGUUAUGCUCGAUCCGGACGUUGCGAUUCUAACCGUAUUUCUCUUCAAGUAACCUAACAGCAACGUUACAAUUUUAUGUAGCAUCUUCUUACAUAUCCAAUUCAGUGUUUGUAAGAUUGUCCCAUGAGACAAGAUUAUAUGUCUAGGAUUCUAUGACACACUCAAUUUAUUCUCAGUUAGAUUCUGUAGAAUCAUUCAUCGACGAGCUUCCAUAUAUGUUUUAUCUUGGCCUAUUUUUUGUUAAUGUCUUAAUACUCUACUAUGCCUUUCUAAUGGAAUACAUAGUACUUAAUGUAGGAAUAGUAUUCUUGCCAGAGGAUAUGGACCAAGCACUGGUGGAUUUGGGUGUUCUCUCCGACCCAGCGUCCAUCCCAUAUGAAACAGACACUGAGGUAGAGGUUUUUGAGGGAUAUCUGGAAUAACAUCUCCAUGGAGAACGUGAUCCAAGCUGCAUUGCAGCUCUUUCGGAGGAAGAGGGCAUUUUGGACAGUGCAUCAGAGGACUCAAGUAACAAUAGAAAAGAUUAAUGUUAAUUAUCUUUACAACCAUGAAAACAUGUUGCCCUGGUUGACUCAUAGAUUUCUUCACAUAAAAAGUCAUGCAGGCUCAAGGCAAAAUUGCACCCACUUGAAAACCUUCUUAUCGGAUGGAAUUUAUCCAGGGAAAGAAGCGGUGGACAGGGACCUCAGUUUUCCAUGAGAUAGCGCCUUGGGUUUCUCACCGAAGAGAUCAACAUGAGACAUCACUUGGGUUUCUCACCGAAGAGAUCAACAUGAGAUCGCUCUACACUGUGGCUGUCGUUACCAUUUUCUUGCUUACGUAAUUUUAGAUUGGCAUUUCCUUCUCAGAGAGUUGCCAAGAUGGUUAUAAUAUUGGUUUACGUGAAACAGAUGACACUUUAGGGCCAGUAGAUGAGCAUCAUCUCAUUUCACAAUUUGGUUUUGAAACAGUUUUAUUAGUAAUAACACACUUAAUAUUGGCCUUUGAUUUUGGUAAAGCAGGAAAGCUGUGAUGCAUGGCUUAAUUCUGCAUCUUUUAUAAACUAGAUAAUUUGGGUAAGCAAUAAAUGUUAUGACUUGCAGGGUUUUGAAAUUCUCAGUAUUGCGCUGCUUUCUAUGAGAUUCUCUUGAACUGUACAUUUAUUACAUUCUGUAAAUUAUGUACUUGCUCUGACUAAUGUAUUUCAGAUACCCUCAGUGAGUGUGUAUGUACAUAUAUAAACAAUAAAACAAUUAUUCACUUUAUGUAAA